AUGUUCUUUUUAUUUAUUCUUAUCGUUUUACCAUUAUUAUCAUAUUCAUCGUUAUCUGAUGAAUGGCAUUCAAAAUCUCAAUGUACUCAAAAAGAAUUUGCUAAUCAUAUGGAUAUUAAUUGUAAUUCUAAUGAAUUUAUUCUAAUUGGUUGGUCACAUUAUGGUACAAAAAAACCUACGGGAAUACGCUCAUUAAUAAAAUCCGAACAACAACAACGGUGUGAACCGUCUGAAAGUGAUUGUAUUAUGGAUUAUACACAUAAAAUAGCUGAACUUUGUAAUGGUGUAUCAAAAUGUGAAGUUAUUCUCACACAACAAUUUAUUCAUAAAUGUUCCGAUGAAGCUACUUAUUUAUUUAUAUCUUAUCAAUGUAUUAAUAAUUCAACUAUUGUUGAUGUAUGCUCAAAACAUAGUAUGAUAUCAUCAAAUGGUCUUAAUCUUAUUAGUCCAUUAUUUCCUAAUGAAUAUCCAAAUAAUGUUAAUUGUACAUGUAGAAUUGAACCAGUAGAAUUAUAUAAACAAUCAUUACCAAUCCAUAUUGAUGUUGAGAGUCUUUCGUUUAAUUUACAAGAUAAUGAUUAUUUAUCAUCAUCGAAAUCAUUAUCUUUAUCAGGCACAAUUCCAUUUGGUGCUUCUCUAUUCAAUGAAAAAAAUUCACUUCGUCUUACAUUUACAACUGAUGAAACAUUAAGUCAAUCAGGAUUUUGGAUUCGUUUACAUGGUUAUCAUCAAUGUAAUAAUGAUGAAUAUACACUUGGUUCGAAAUGUAUAAAAAUCUUUCAACAAAAACAAACAUGGAAUAAUGCACAAGAAAAAUGUUUAUCAAUUGGUUCACAUUUAAUACAUUUAAAUGAUAUUGUUCAAGAAAAAAAAUUAACAUAUUUUCUUUUAACAAAUUAUGAACAACAACAACAAACAUCAUUUUGGAUAUCUGAUGAAAAACAAAAUUAUAAUAUUCAUUCAUGGUGGCCAUGGCGAUUAUCAUUAAAUGAAGGCAAAUGUGUUUUACGUAUACAAGAUGGUUGGAUUAAAAUACCUUGUGAUGAACAACAUGCAUUUAUAUGUGAACGAGAUAUUAAUCGACAAUCUAUACCACUUACUGUUCGUUGUGGUAAUGCUCAAGCACCAUUAUCUUCUACUAUCAUUACAACAACAACACCGCCACCACCAACAACAACAAUUAUCACUAGUACACGACGUCCAACUGUUUCGUUUAUUCAACCUCCUAUUGUACAUGAAGAAAUUCCAUCACCAAUUUAUAAACCACAUGAUUUUGUUCCAUCAAUUACACCAGAACAAAAUGAAACAAAAACAAAUUCAAUUGAUCCAAAUAUUCUUGCAGCUAUAUUAGGUGGUAUAGCAUUAGCUAUUUUUUCUAUAAAUAUUAUUGUUUGUUAUAUAUGUAAAAGACGUACACAAAAAUCAUUAAAAUGUAAAACACCAAUUGAAUCUCAAUCAUCAUUUACACAUGAAGAAUUACAACGUAGUCUUAUGCAACAUUUAUAUCAUGAACAAACAAAUACAAUAUCAUCAACAUCAACAUCAUCAUCAACUUCUAAACAUUCACAAUCAAAAUCAAAUGAUACAUCAACAACAACAACAGCUGCAGUAGCAGCAGCUAAUGUUAAUCUUCUUCAGUUAUGUUCUCCAUCACAUCCAACAAAUUCAUCACAAUCAUUUAUAACACGUUCAAAUGCUCCUGCUACAGCAUUAUGUUUUCGUAAUCCACAUGCUGCUAUACAUAGUAAUAGUGAUCCAGUUGAUUAUCAUUUUUAUGAAACAAUACCAUCAGAAAGUACAAAUUAUAAUAUAUGUACUGCACAUAGCGCUUUUAAGCCUGUUAUUCAAUCAAAUUCACAUACAAUACGUCCAUUUCUUCCACGAACAAAUAUUUUUUAUCAUGCACCGGGCUCUACAAAACAGUCUUAUGAAACAACAUCAUCAACUUCAGCCGUUUUAAUGCCUGUAUGUUGCCAUCAUCAUCAUUUAUCACAGUGUUCAACAGGAACAUUAAGACAACAUAUAUCUCCACGUUUAAUUCCACCGCCACCACCACCAAUCACUGCAGAUGAACAGACUUAUAUGGGUUCAGAAAGUAUCGUAUAA